CUGCACUUGUCAUGUCCUAAAUUUUUCUGGAGAUCAAACUUUUAGCUGUCCAAUAUUCAAUUUCCCUUGUUUAUUCCCUUUUUUAAUUUUUAUAUGAUAUAUCUGAUAUGUUUAGAUGAGAAUUUACCACUUUUGAAGAGGAUUUAAAAGCUCUACUGGGAGUAUUUGCAGUUCUUGGUGAAUCUAGGUGACCCAGUUUUGUUCUUUUGUGGAUUGCGUGAAUCAUUCAUCAUCAUCAAUCUUCUACGAGUUGAGAAGAGAAAGUAGCCAUCAUUGAAGCAUUUAGAAUGCCGGAGAAAGGAGCGAUUCUAUCUCCGGUUCAGAGCCAGUUACUGACACCACGCCCGAGUCCUCUCCUUCGAUGGCGUCUCGGUGCUCUUACAACACUCGUCUUCUUCCUCAUGUUAGUCGUCUGGAGCAUCGACGGUUGCUCCAUCCAAACCUUCGUGCAGCCGUGGAGACUCAACGCAUACUCCCUUCGAAUCAGCACUUCUCCCUCUCCUUCCCCUUCCCCUUCGCCGUCAUUAAAACCUCAUCUUCUAGAUUCCGACAAACCUCACCGACAAAACCUCACGACGGUUCUGAACGUGAAGAAGACGAAUCUCACUACAAACUCGACACGUGUCCAACAACUCCAGUGGAUAACCGCCGAACCGGAGAAGAAUUUCACGGCGAAUCUCACUACGAACUCGACACGCGUCCAACUCCGGUGGAUAACCGCCGAGCCGGAGAAAAAUUUCACGGCGAAUCUAAUGAGAAACUGGCUGGCUCCGGGAGGAGCGCCGUGCAGGGAGGCGAAGACCGUCGAGAUCUCCCUCCCCGGCGUCGACGGGGUUGAUCCCGUGGUUCUAACCGCCGGAGAGAUCCACGUGUUCACGUUCCAAGCCUUGGACGAGUCCAAAGCCGCCGUCUGCAUCGGCGGGGACUACUUCGAGACAGACUUAUCCGGCGAGAAAUGGAAAUCGAGGCCGCCGGUGAAGGACUUCGGCAACGGGACCUACUCGAUGUCGCUGCAGGUUCAUCCCGAGUUCGCCGGAGAAUUCAACCUCACCGUGAUUCUACUCUUCCGUCAUUACCAAGGACUCAAGUUCAGCACCGCGCGUCUAGGCUUCGACAAGAAGCUCCGCGACGUCCGGUUACGUUUCGUCAAGAAGCCUGACGUUUCUCUCCCGGAGCUCCGGUCGUGUAAAAGAUCCGAUUUCACUAGAGACGCUUGGUCAGGACGAUGGAUAAGGUUAGGGAAGAACGAUAGCUGCCAGAUCAGCAACGACGGCCGUUACCGCUGUCUCCCCGCGGGUUUCCCUUGCAGGAAACCGUGGUGCGAGGGGGCGGUUGGAGGUUUAGAGAGCAAUGGGUGGGUUUACUCCACCCAUUGCUCUUUCAAGAUGUUCUCCGGGGAGACGGCUUGGGGCUGCUUGAAGAACAAGUGGCUCUUCUUCUGGGGGGAUUCAAAUCAUGUCGAUUCGAUUAGAAACAUGCUGAACUUUGUUUUGGGUCAUCCGGAGAUCCCCGCUGUGCCGAGGAGGUUUGACAUGAAGUUCUCCAACCCGAAGAAUGAAUCAGAGACGGUGAGGAUCACGAGUAUCUUCAACGGUCACUGGAACGAGACGCAGAACUAUCAGGGACUUGACUCGCUCAAAGACCAAGACUUUAGAGAGCUGCUCAAGAAGUACUUCUCGGAAGAAGACCGUGUUCCGGAUGCUAUGUUCGUGAACUCUGGUCUGCACGAUGGGAUUCACUGGCAUAGCAUUAGAGCGUUUGAGAAGGGAGCUGAGACGGCAGCUGCGUUUUGGAGAGAAGUGUUCGACGGGGUCAAAAGCAGGGGACUGAAGCCGCCUGAAGUGAUUUUUAGGAACACGAUCGCGACGGGUGGUUACGCUAGAUUGCUGGCGUUUAAUCCGAGCAAAAUGGAGGCGUUUAACGGUGUGUUUUUGGAGAAGAUGAAGGAUGCGGGGUUGGUCACAAGCGUGGUGGAUAACUUUGAUAUGACUUAUCCGUGGCAUUAUGAUAAUAGGUGUAACGAUGGAGUUCAUUACGGGAGAACUCCGGCGAAAAUGCGGUGGAGGGAUGGGGAGAUUGGGCAUCAGUACUUUGUGGACGUGAUGCUUAUUCACGUGUUGCUGAAUGCAUUGUGUGUGAGAUAGGGAUGAUGAUUAAAGCUUGGGUUUAGGAGGCGGAUAAUUUAUUUAUGUGUAAACUUUUUCAUAUUAUUUUUUGGAGUAUAGAUCAAAUAUUAUUUGGAAUAACUCAACUGAAGCUUUGAGUUUGCAUUGUAUAAUGUAUGAAUAGCGAGAGAGAUUGGAACA